AGGAGUUUGAGUGACGGCUUUGAUGCACACGAGGGUAUUUGUGAACGAAAGGAAGCGUUAUAAAUUUUAAAGUUUCACUCCUACCGAAGCCGCGGAAGAUGCCCUCAGACGCCAAGAAGAAGCAACAGCAAAAGAAAAAGGAAGCAGCAAAGGCCAGACAGACUGGUCGAAAAGCAGCUGGAAGCAAUAAAACUGAGAAUGGUUUGACUGAGAAAGAACAUAGCCCUACUCCUGAUCAGCCAGAAAUGAAUGGCAGUGGCGAGAAUGGAACCGAUUUCAGUACAGAAGAGGCAUUGUGCAGGAAGCUGGAGGCAGAUGCAAAGCUCAAUGCAGAGGCUCGUGCUUGCACUGGGAGUUUGGCAGUUCAUCCUCGGAGUCGUGAUGUGAAGAUCGACAAUCUCUCUAUCUCAUUUCAUGGCCACGAACUGCUCCAGGACACCACACUGGAGUUGAAUUGUGGACGACGAUAUGGUCUCUUAGGACUUAAUGGCUCUGGCAAAUCAACUUUGCUCUCUGUGCUUGGGAAUCGUGAAGUUCCAAUUCCAGAGCAUAUUGACAUCUUUCAUCUAACUCGAGAGAUGCCCGCGUCUGAUAAGACAGCACUGCAGUGUGUUAUGGAAGUGGAUGAGGAGAGAAUUAGACUGGAGAAGCUUGCAGAAGAACUUGUAUCUUGUGAUGAUGAUGAAUCCCAGGAGCAGUUGAUGGAUGUUUAUGAGCGUUUAGAUGACAUCAGUGCUGAUACAGCAGAGGCACGCGCUGCCUGGAUUCUUCAUGGUCUGGGGUUCACGAAGGAGAUGCAGGCUAAGAAAACUAAGGAUUUUUCAGGAGGUUGGCGCAUGCGUAUUGCUCUGGCACGAGCGCUGUAUGUAACACCCCAUCUUCUGCUUCUAGAUGAACCAACAAAUCACUUGGAUUUGGACGCAUGUGUGUGGUUGGAAGAGGAGUUAAAAACGUACAAGCGAAUCUUGGUGAUCAUAUCACACUCACAGGACUUCCUCAAUGGGGUCUGCACCAAUAUCAUUCAUCUCGACAAGAAACGUCUCAAGUACUACACUGGCAAUUAUGAAGCAUUUGUUCGAACUCGCUUGGAACUGCUGGAGAAUCAGAUGAAGCAGUACAACUGGGAACAGGAUCAGAUUUCUCAUAUGAAGAACUACAUUGCACGGUUUGGUCACGGAUCAGCAAAGCUUGCCCGACAAGCUCAGAGUAAGGAAAAAACACUUGCCAAAAUGGUGGCACAGGGUCUGACUGAGAAAGUGACCAGUGAUAAGACGGUUCACUUCUAUUUCCCAUCAUGUGGCAGCAUUCCUCCACCCGUCAUUAUGGUACAGAAUGUUAGUUUCCGGUACUCAGACUCAACUCCUUGGAUAUACAAGAAUCUGGAAUUUGGUAUUGACCUGGACACAAGGCUGGCCCUGGUAGGUCCCAACGGAGCAGGCAAGAGUACACUGCUGAAGCUGCUGUGUGGAGAAUUGAUUCCUACAGAGGGCAUGAUCCGGAAGAACUCCCAUCUGCGGUUUGCUCGCUAUCACCAGCAUCUUCACGAGCUUCUGGACUUGGAUCAAUCACCCCUUGAAUACAUGAUGCAGUCGUUCCCAGAGGUGAAAGAAAAGGAGGAGAUGAGGAAGAUCAUUGGGCGAUAUGGACUUACUGGCCGACAACAGGUGUGUCCAAUCAGACAGCUAAGCGAUGGUCAGCGUUGUCGUGUUGUGUUUGCAUACCUGGCCUGGCAGGCGCCCCACCUUUUACUACUAGAUGAGCCUACCAAUCAUUUGGACAUGGAGACCAUUGAUGCGCUGGCUGAUGCUAUCAAUGACUUUGAGGGUGGCAUGGUACUUGUCAGCCAUGACUUCAGGCUUAUCAGUCAGGUUGCUGAGGAGAUAUGGGUAUGUGAGAAUGGAACGGUGACCAAGUGGCAGGGCGACAUUCAAACAUACAAGGAACAUCUCAAGGAGAAGAUUGUCAAAGACAAAGCAUCCAGCAAGAAGCAAUUUAAAUAAUCUUCUAGGUUCACUUAAUAAAUAUGAAAUAGGGAGGUAAAAUGAUCACGGUAUUUAAAGCAUGGCAUGAGAACUAUAAAAUUAUGAGUUGAAAGGAUGUGAUAUUUAUGUGUUUACAUAGACAUUUGGUACCACUGAGUUCCUAACCAUGAGUAGACACACAGAAAGUACCAUUUUUGGGCUGAGGUGGUAGAAGUGUUAACAUCAACUUGAAACCAACAAAGGAACCUGCGUUCUGUACAGUAUUGUACCGACGUCAUUAAAAGUCUUGCUGCUACAAGCUGCUGCUGCUAAAAUAUUUGUGUGUGUGAGCUCUAGGCUGUAUCCUUAGGUAGGUCACACACCGGCAUGUGUCAAGACACGAUGUCUGUGACAUGACACAAAGAAAGGGGCACAGUUGAAACGAAUGAGAUUAUGAAAACCACCG